CACGGCCAACCGCCGAGUUCUCCCCGAAGCAAUUCCACCUUGGGACCGCCCUUUCUCGACAUAAACCUAGUAGCGAUGGCUUCUAUCAUUGCGCGCCGAGCUUUCAGCACCACCGCCCGCCGCUUGGCGACCGGCGAGGAGGCGCUGAAGACCGAGUCGAAGAAGAACCCCGAGAUUAUGAUUCUUGGUGGCGUCGUGGUCUGCGCCCUUACCGGCGCCGGCUUCUACUUUGGCAAGAGCCCGACUAAGUCCACGUCCGAAACGACCGUCCCUAUGACCGACAAAAGCAUGCCCUGGGAAAGCGGCUCGACCCAGGGCAAGUACCAGUACCACCCCGGUGGUGACGCCAGCGCCCCCCCGAAGGAUGCUCCUAGCGCGAUCAACUCGGUCAUCAUUCCCGAUGUUGAGCUUCCCAAGAGACUCCACGACAAGUACAACAAGUGGGGCAAGGAGGGCUACUAGACAUUUAUUCUCCCUUAGAGCGAGGGCACGCAUUGUGAGAGCGCUGUGUCACACAGCGCUCGGCCGUGGUAAAGCAUCAGUUGUGAAUAGACCAAGUGGCAAGGUGAUUUGCGAGGUCC